CUUUUUAAUCCUCUGCCUGAGACUCAAAGUUGCUUCAGGAUGGGAAGUCUUCCCUCAGACGCAUCCGGACCACAGCAGCAUCCGGUCAUGGAGAGGUGUCCCUAACUUUACCCACCGAUGUGCGCAGAGGCAUCACCUGUAGCUGCGGUGGAGAGCACUUGCCUGUUGGAUUUCUGUCCGCGGAGCAGCGAGUCCAAACUCAGCGGAGCCACUCAGACCACCAGCUCUGCCAGAACCCGCAGGGGGCAGUGAGAGCAACGCGCCGGCGCGGGCUUCGCACGCAUCGCAGAGAAGAUGAACAUCCAGGUCCUUCCAGAGCACAAGCUCUCGUCUGUCGCCCCGCUGAAACAGUGCAAUGUGGAGAAAAAGGAGGUGGAACUUAUUUUGGUGAAGGACCAGAACGGCGUCCAGUAUACCAGUACCUCAAUCAUCCCCACCCCCGGGCUCCGCGCAGGUUUGCAAGGAACAGCCCCAGAGGACGACCGGGAAACUUGGGGCAAGAAAAUAGACUUUCUCCUGUCAGUCAUUGGCUUCGCGGUGGAUCUGGCCAAUGUUUGGAGAUUCCCUUACUUGUGCUACAAAAAUGGUGGAGGUGCCUUCUUGAUCCCAUAUACCCUUUUCUUGGUAAUUGCGGGGAUGCCAUUGUUCUAUAUGGAACUUGCCUUGGGACAGUACCACCGAGAAGGAGCAGCAACAGUCUGGAAAAUUUGUCCAUUUUUUAAAGGUGUGGGUUACGCUGUGAUCAUCAUAGCCCUGUAUGUUGGCUUUUACUACAACGUCAUCAUCGCCUGGUCCCUCUACUACCUGUUCUCCUCCAUGACCAGUGAGCUGCCUUGGCUCACAUGUGACAACUACUGGAACAGUCCCAACUGCACGUCGCACAAAAGCAUCACUGAUUCUGUCAUUGGUAACGGCUCCUCAUACGCCAAGUACAAGUUCACCUCGCCAGCAGAGUUCAAUGAACGACGUGUACUACAUCUCCAUGAAAGUGGGGGAAUCCAUGACCUGGGCCCCCCUCGCUGGGACCUAACGCUGUGCUUGCUUGCGGUGGUUAUCAUCCUCUACUUCAGCCUGUGGAAAGGAGUCAAAUCUUCAGGGAAGGUGGUGUACAUAACAGCUACUAUGCCCUACAUUGUCCUGUUUGUUUUGCUUAUCCGAGGCGCAACUCUGAAAGGCUCCAUGAAGGGCAUCACAGCCUACCUCAGCAUUGACAUCAACAAGCUCAAAAAUCUGGAGGUGUGGACUGAUGCUGCCACCCAAAUAUUCUACUCUUUGGGAGCUGGAUUUGGAGUGCUCAUUGCAUUUUCCAGCUAUAACAAGUUUAACAACAACUGCUACAGGGAUGCUAUCUUGACCAGCACUGUGAACUGCGUCACCAGUUUCUUCUCAGGGUUUGCCAUCUUCUCUGUGCUCGGAUACAUGGCUGAAAAACGUGGGGUGGAUAUUAAAGAUGUUGCAACAGAUGGUCCAGGUUUGGUGUUCAUCAUCUAUCCAGAGGCCAUUUCUACACUACCUGGAUCAACAUUUUGGGCGAUUGUGUUCUUCAUCAUGUUGGUAACUUUGGGCCUCGACAGCUCUAUGGGGGGCAUGGAGGCCGUCAUCACAGGCCUGUCGGAUGACUAUAAGAUCCUCAAGAGGAACAGAAAGACCUUCACCUUCAUCAUAGCUUUUGGAACAUUUUUCAUCUGCCUGCUCUGCGUCACUAAUGGUGGGAUGUAUGUCGUAACCCUGUUAGAUAAAUAUGCAGCAGGGACUGCGAUACUAUUCGCUGUUCUGAUUGAGGCCAUCGGAGUGGCGUGGUUUUAUGGUGUUGAUCGCUUCAGUGAAGACAUUGAGCGAAUGAUGGGCUUCAAGCCAGGACUGUACUGGAGACUGUGCUGGAAAUUUGUCAGUCCAGCUUUUCUGUUGUUCGUGGUAAUAGCCAGUACUCUGACAUCGUCAGGUCUGAAGUAUAAUGAUUACGUCUUCCCCGACUGGUCCAACCAUCUGGGAUGGAUGGUGGCCCUGUCCUCCAUGAUGUUUGUUCCCUGUUAUGCCAUCUAUAAAUUCCUCACGGUGCCAGGAACGUUGAAAGAGAAAAUAGCCUACUGCAUCACACCUGAACAUGAACACCAUUUGGUGGCUGAAGGAAAUGUGCGGCAGUUUAAACUCAGACACUGGUUGGCCAUCUGAACCCUAAAGCUCAGAGCUCUGCCAUCCAUCAUCUGGACUUCCUGUGCGCCACCAGAACCCGGCCAGACAAGCAGAGCAGCAGACUCCAGCCCCUUCAGAAGCUUGUUCCUUCUCCCUGUGGAUUCAUCACACAAUGCCUUGAGUGGCUCGAAGCACUUUUAUUAUGUCUGUUAGCGUCCUGAAUAAUCCUACAACAACUAUUUAUAAGGGAGGGCCAACACAUUAGAAAAUUAGCUGUUACUCCCCCAAACACGACAUAUUUUUAUGUGUUUAAUUAAAACUGAACUCAUUGUUUUUGAAGACUGUCCUGAAGAGAUAAAAAAUAAUCUGUGAUAUGAUGCAAGUCCUUCUGUUUAACUCUGCAGGAGAAACAAAAAUAGGAUUUAGUGAUAUCUAACUCUGUUUAGUGUUUUAAAGUUUUUCUAUUCGUUUAGCACAGCGGCUUAUCUCUCUCAGUGCCUUAAUGAUUGAGACAUUUCUUUUUUUUUUUUACAGUCUGUCCAAAAAGAAACAAGACUAAACUCAUCUAACUCAGGAACCCACCAAAAUCAAGAUUUUUAAAUGAUUAUUUAGAAUAGCAAUUCCUUGGCAAUGACCUGUUUCACAUCAAGAGAUUGUCAAGUUAUUUAACAAAAUGUCACAUUGUUCUCCAGAAAAAGGGAAUAGAAACAUCAGACCAGAAACGUCGCUGUAAACGAAAGGAAACAUGAAGGUUGGUUUGUUCUUGGUUAUCUUUUAAGGUGCAGAGUGAAAAAAUGAUACUGAAGCAGAAGUUGUUGUUUUUGCUCAGUCUUAACAACUCUUAAGUGGCUAUUCCUUAAGAGGUGGUGAGAAAAAGCUGAUCAGUCAACAGUGUGUAGUUUCUUAAGUGUGUGUGUGUGUGUGUGUGUGUGUUUUGUAUUUAUUUUUUUUCAACAUCCUGUUUUUUUUGGUGUGUGUGUGGAACGAACAGUGGAGGGCUGAAAACUUUAAACAUUCUUUUCACUGUGCUGUACAUAAACUAUGAUUGCAUCUUCAUAGGAGCAACUUUUAUAUUUUCCUUUAAAACUCAGUAACUUGUCAUCGUCUUCAUCACCACUGAAGUGCCAACAAGUUCCUUUAGAAGUGAUAUAAUUAUUAUAGAUUUUGUUUCUUUUUUUAUCAUUAUUUAAUCGUUUUCGGGAUGAAAUUGAACCUCGAAUAAUAGAACACCCUUAAUAAAAAGGAAUAAAGCCACGAGAAAAAUAAAUAGGCAAAAAUAAAUAAAUGUGGAAUAUAUGAGAAAAUAUAUCAAUAUAUAAAUAUAUUCUUUUGUUACAUCUAAUCUUGUAUUUAUCAAAUUGUUUAUAGCAAGUUGUGAAUGUAAAGUAUCUUAAAUGUAUCCGUCCACAGUCACACCAUGGUGUUAGAUGUAUACCAAAGAGGAACUAUGUUGACAAAAAAUAUAUCUAUAUAUACUUCAGUGUAACCUUGGGCUACUUUGUCACUUAUACUUGUGAACAAAUGAACCCUGGCUCUCCUGGAUCAUGUUUACAAAACUACCAUGUACCAUACCACUGUCCGGUUGAACGUGGGUGAUAACUAUCUAUGAAGAAGUCUGAAGUAUUCAAACUAAAGAAAUAAAGACUUUGUUCUACACACA